AUGUACUUCAGAAAGCUGGAUAACGGUGAGAACUUCUGCAUUCUGGAUGAGCAGAGGUUUGCCAAGGAGCUGCUCCCCAAGUACUUCAAACACAACAAUAUCUCCAGCUUCAUACGACAGCUUAACAUGUAUGGUUUCAGGAAGGUUAUUGCUCUGGAGAAUGGUAUGAUUACAGCAGAGAAGAGCUCUGUCAUUGAAUUCCAGCAUCCUUUCUUCAAGCAAGGGAAGGCACAUUUGCUGGAAAACAUCAAGCGCAAGGUAUCUGCAGUAAGGACUGAGGAUCUCAAGGUCUGUACGGAGGAUUUGCACAAAGUACUCUCUGAAGUCCAGGAAAUGAGAGAGCAGCAGAACAACAUGGAUGUCAGGCUUGCUAACAUGAAGAGAGAAAAUAAGGCCCUGUGGAAAGAAGUGGCAGUUCUAAGGCAGAAGCACAGUCAACAACAGAAGCUGCUGUCUAAGAUUCUUCAAUUUAUACUAAGUUUGAUGCAAGGAAAUUAUAUUGUUGGGGUCAAAAGAAAAAGGUCUCUAACGGAUGCUGCAGGUGCCUCAGCUUUCAAAUACAGUCGUCAGUAUGUUCGCAUCCCUGUGGAGAGUGGCCAAGCAAUGGCUUUUUCUGAAGGUAAUGCAGAUGAAGAGGAUGGAAAUGGUACAGGUCUUAUCAUUAGAGAUAUCACUGAUACCCUGGAAAAUGCCACCAAUGGUCUCCUUGCUGUGGCACACACAAGUGACAGAGCCAGAGAGACACAGGCAACUCUGGAUCCUGGCUUACCUAUUUGUCAAGUGUCACAACCACAUGAGUUAAAUUAUGCAGAAUCUAUCCCGCCAGUUCAUAUAAAUGAUGUCAGCAAAUCCAGUGAAAUGGGAAAUGUUGCUGUGGAACUCCAUACUGCACAAACUAAUGCUCCAGAAGACCCCGUGUCAGUGAUCGACUCCAUCUUGAAUGAGAACAACUCUGGAAACCAAAAUGAUCCUUUACUGGACAGAGAAGAAAUUCAGGAUUUUCUUAAUUGCAUUGAUGCCAGCCUUGAAGAGCUUCAAGCAAUGUUAUCCGGGAAGCAGUACAACUUUGGUUCUGAAGCUUUCAGUGAUACACUUAAUCCUGAGCUGCCAGCCCUGGAUAUGAGCUUGAUGGAAACUUCCCCUGGUAUGGAAAAUAUUGCAAACUUGGCAGAGAGCGCUGAAGACCUGGGAGCAAGUGAGAGAGAAACAGCAGGAAGCAAAGGUGGGCAGGAAGGAACUGAGAGCAGUGACAGCUCCAAACUCUUCCAAAACUGGGUUUUGAAAUACAAUCUUUGUAGCCUGUAA